AGAAUAAAUUAUUUAGUACGGAAAAGAUGUGAACUAGAAGAGAAUAUGGCCUGGUUAUCAACACUUGGUGGUGGUUAUUCUUCAUUAGGAGACUAUUUUACUUAUUGUGCCAAAAAAGCUGGUAAAAUUUCUAAAUAUCAACUGAAACUGGCUAUAGAAAUGUCCGACCCAAUCAUGGCUUCAAAAUGUCGAGUUUUCUGGGCCCAGAGUUUGUUACAGCAGGGACAUUUAAAACUAGUAAAGAAGAUUGUUUGGAAUGUGUAUCAGUAUGCUAAACAUAAUGGAAUAAAAGAUAUGAGAUUAGAGAAUAUGUGUCAGUCAGUGUGGAAUCGUCUUAAAUAUCUUUAUAAAUAUCAUCAUAAACCAAACAAGCUACAGACCAUUCAAAGUUUUCAAGAAAAAAAUGGUUGUUUGACUAAAAUAUUGUGA